ACGUAAGCGCGAGUCAUCGUGUAGUAGUUGGUACCGUUCGAAGAAGAUUGUUUCCGAGGUUUGUUGAAAAGCGAAGUCCGUUUGGGAAGCAUUCGGUCAAGAAAAAUCGGAAAUUUGGAUUGCGGCUGGAGGAAUUCAAACUCUGUCUCGAUUUAUAUAAUUCAGACGGUUCGAAUUGGUUGUGCGAAAGAUUAAUGGGAAUUAACCUUUGUUAAUUGGACUUGAAUAUGUAAUGGUCAAAUAAAUGUCAAAUCGGAAACUAGGUUCUUAUCUUUAGCAAGAGACUUUGACGAAUAUUUGAAUUGAAGAUUUGCAAAUUUUAUGUAUAAUACUUAAGAGAAAUGGCACGUACAAAACAAACAGCCCGUAAAUCUACUGGUGGUAAGGCUCCACGUAAACAGUUGGCAACCAAAGCAGCCCGUAAAAGUGCUCCGUCUACUGGAGGUGUAAAAAAACCUCAUAGAUACAGACCGGGUACUGUUGCUCUUCGUGAGAUCAGACGUUACCAGAAGUCCACAGAAUUGCUCAUCAGAAAAUUGCCAUUUCAGCGACUUGUGAGAGAAAUUGCACAGGAUUUCAAAACAGAUCUUCGAUUCCAGAGUGCUGCAAUUGGUGCUUUGCAAGAAGCAAGUGAAGCUUAUCUGGUUGGUCUUUUUGAGGACACUAACCUGUGUGCAAUCCAUGCCAAGCGUGUCACUAUCAUGCCCAAAGAUAUCCAGCUGGCCAGACGGAUCCGCGGAGAGCGUGCAUAAGAGUCCUUUUACACUGCCCGUUUGUUUAAUGUGAGGGGAAAAAAAGCACAUCAUCACCAUAAACCCAAUAAGUGUUCAUCAUUAUUCGGCAAUGUUUUAUACAUGAAAUAUGAACUUUUUAUUUUCUGCAGUCAUUAAAAGAAAAAUUUUUUUGUAAGGCAAGUUUGUAAGUUAUUCAUCAGCUCAACAUAAAUCCGAGGUAUAUAUAUAAAAAAAAAAGGGUGGAAGCAGUGUGUUUUUGUACUGUUUUUGUGUCGUAAAAAAAUUUACAGUGAUCUUCGUAGAUCUUGUGAGCUAAAAAAUUGUGUUGUAGAAAUGUAAUAUGUGCUUGUUCUUCUUCAGUCUUGAAUUGUCAUUUUUUGGCUAUAUUAAUAUAGGUUUAGCAAAAUCUGUCCAAAAAAAAUUCUAAUGCACAAAAUACAAGUAUGUGGUAUAGUGACUUCACAAUAACAAAAAAAAAUGACAUCAAAAAAAAGUAUUUUGAAAAUUUUUCACUUUUUUUCCUCCUCGAAGUUACUCAAUACUUGAAAGUACUGUGAAACUGUUCACUGUACUGUAUUCACUGCCAUCAUUAAACAAAAUGCCCAUUAUCAGUAGUAUUGUACAAUUCUAGAUUAAGUAGAAGUUAGAUUUGAAAAAAAAAAUGGUAAUCUCAGUUUACGCAAGAUGUGGGGGAUAUACAGGUAGUACUCAUUACUUGUAAG